UCUUAGCUCUCAUAGUACUGUUUCACACACCCUAGCUCAAUUCGAUUGAAAUGAUAUGCCUUUGGAUCCUGACGCUAUCUGUGUUUCUCACAGGUCACGCUGGCGCUGACGACACCCACCCAAUAUUGGUUGCACUCAAUGAUCUGGACCACAGUUUCACAACGAUGUUCACUCAACAAUUCUUCCGCCACAAAAAUGCAAUCGAACAACGAAUCGCAACCCUGAUGAACUCAAUCGACUCGAACCUCCUCGAAGUCAGCAGCCAGAUUCGGGAAGCUUUGGACGAGGUUCAACAAAACCCCGGAAAGAAUCAGUCGUCCACCGGUGAUGGGAUAGGUAAGGGAUCACCCGUGCUCCAGUUCAUACCAAUAGGAUCCGAACCGAGGAUGCCUGCCCUGUUCGAACAAGACCGCUUUGAAGGAGGAUGGCUGGUGGUGAUGCAACGGUAUGAUGGCUCCGUUAACUUCAAUCGUACUUGGGCCGAGUACCGGGAUGGAUUCGGAAUGGUUGGACAGGAAUUUUGGUACGGAUUGGAGCCACUACAUCAGCUGACGAAGAAAACCCCGUACGAACUGGCGGUUGAGAUGGAGGAUUUCGAGGGCAAUUACAAAUAUGCGAGAUACGACAAGUUUGCGGUAGGUCCUGCGGGAACAAGAUAUGCUCUGGUGGAGUUGGGGACGUACAGUGGAACAACUUUGGGUGAUUCGUUGACACCGCACAAGGGAGCAGGAUUCUCCACGUACGACUACGAUGACUUCGGGUGUUCCAAUAAGUAUGCCAAAGGAGGAUGGUGGUACUACAAGGGGUCAUGCUACGGAUCGAGUCUCACCGGUAUUUGGAAAAAUGAGCUAGCCUAUUCAUCGAUUUGCUGGAUGAAGUUCUCAUCGGUUUCCAACACGCCGUUGAAGUUUGUCAGAAUGAUGAUUCGUCCGAUUGAAUAAAACAGCAACAAAGUGA